AUGUCAUCUUUUGCGUGCCUAGGUGUGUGCGAAGAACUUUGUGAUACUUGCAAAGGCUUGGGUUGGAAGAAGCCUACAGAUAUUCAGUUUAAGGUUAUUCCUUUUGCGUUGCAAGGCAAAGAUAUUGUCGGCUUAGCCGAAACUGGUAGUGGUAAAACGGGAGCAUUUGCGAUCCCAAUCCUCCAAAAUCUCUUGAGAAAACCACACUAUAAUUACGCUCUUAUUCUAACUCCAACACGAGAACUUGCCCUUCAAAUAAGGCAGCAUUUUCUGGAUAUCGGUUCCAAAUUUGGGCUUAAAGUUCUGUGUCUUGUUGGUGGCCAGCACGUUGAAGAUCAGCAUAAGGUCUUGAAGAAUACGAAACACCACAUAAUUGUUGGUACACCUGGAAGAAUAGUCUAUCACAUUGAGAAUUCGAAGGAAUUAUGUCUUCAACGAAUUCGCUAUUUCGUUUUGGAUGAAGCCGACCGAAUGCUCGGUGGAAAUUUUGACUCGCAAUUAGAAACCAUUUUGUCCAAGCUGCCAGAGAAGCGCAAAACUUACCUUUUUUCAGCUACUAUGUCCGGAAAUCUCGAGAAGCUGCAAACUGCCUGCCUUCGAAUGCCUGUGCGUUUGGAAACCGCGAAGAAAUAUACAACUGUCGAUAAUCUGGACCAUGCAUUUGUAUUCCUACCAGAUCAGCGGAAAGAUGCUUAUGUAGUGAAGCUAUUGGCAGAUCUUUGUGGGAGCACCUGUGAGUCACGGACGAUUGUAUUCGUUGCUACUGCUCGAGAAUCAGUUCGCCUGGGUGAAAUCCUCAGGUUCAUUACCAGUAGGGACCGUGUCGUCAUUCUGAACGGUUUGAUGCGCCAAGAUAAACGUGGAGUUGCGUUUCAAAAGUUUAAAUCGGGUGAAGCCAGCGUUAUGGUUGCCACCGAUUUAGCCUCCAGAGGUCUUGAUAUUCCCGAAGUACAGUUGGUUAUCAACUAUGAUAUUCCAAGUCAUCCUGCUUCAUGGAGCGAGGCUGCAAAGGACUACAUUCACCGCGUGGGUCGAACGGCGCGUGCUGGACGUCCGGGUCGAGCUGUAUCUCUCGUCACUCCCUAUUCUGUCACUCGUCUAAAAAUUAUUGAGUCUACUCUGGGUUACCAAAUUACACAACUGGCUUGGGUUGAUCCCUGCAAAACAGAUCCUCAACUACUUAGUAAAGUCGCCGAAGCCGCUGCUCAUGCAAAAUCGGUUAUUCGUGCAAGUGACAAACGCCAAAAACGAAUGGAGAUGAGGCGCUCAAAGAAGCGAAAAUUGGACCUUGCAAAUACGAAUGAGUCUGUCGAGCCACAUUCAGAAGAAUCUGGGGAUGACAUUUAG